UCUUACUUUUCAUCUUUUUAUUACAAAAAAAUGGAAAAAAACACAGAAAAAUAUUACGACUUUUCACAACAUAGCUACUGUAUCACUUUUGGUUUCGACCAGGAUCAAGUAUAUACAGACUGUUUUUUUAAUGGAUACAAAGAGGAGUCUAGUUCAUAUUGCAAGCAGAAAAGAAGAGCAUCUUUAUUAUACUGUCCCUCGACUGGGCAAAUUUUAGACUGGGGAGACAAAGCUGAUAAAAGAAACCAAUCUGACGAAAACGAUCCUGACACUGUUUACAUCAAUAAUAUUUUUACCGAGCUUAUUGAAGUACACAGGAAAAAGAAUUUUUUUUCGUGUAACGAUUUUGAUGUACAUGAUAAUACAGUGAUACAUGCAGUGCAACUAUUUUUAUUAAAGGUGACAAACAAGUAUCAAUCGCAAAUGGGUGGCAUGAAGACAUCAACGUCCCCGUCUCAUUUUGCUUUUUUCCUUCCCACAAAUUGUGAUGAUCGAAUACGAGAAGAUCUUCUUCGCCCGCUUUUCAUUCAAGCUGGACUGAUUAAAGAAACUGAUCACCACAGUCGUUUGCUAUUUUUUACACAGAUCGAAACAUCUUUUGGAUACAUACAAUCUCUUAUCAGUGAUGAGGAGCGAUUAUUAAAUACAAGAAUAGAAAAUGGCAAACAGUAUGUUAUGUGCGGAUUAAAGUUUACAGGGAAAAAGGUUACUGUCAAUAUCGAUUUAUUUACAGCUCAUUAUCCUCCUGCGACGGCGAUCAAAGAGUAUUUUGUCACUGAAUUUUUAAAGUCUAUAUGCUUCAGCACUUUAAUUGACCCCCGGAUAGAAAUUGACAUAGAAAGCUGUCUAAAGUUAAAAGGAUUCGAUACAUCAGCAGUAGGAACAAGAGAGAUCUUGGAUACAUUGAUACAUGAGUAUAAACUUCAAGAGUUUGUUUGUUCAAAAGAUGAAAAAAAGCAUGCACACAUUCAUGAGCAUAUUCAUUUAUAUCAACCCUUCCAAAAAAUAUCUUUUAUAGGUGAUUUAAAGCUGACUGAAGACAAGAUAAACAUCAUACGAUCAAUCACCAUGGAAGAAAUUCAUGUCAGUACAUUUGACAUAAUCAAAACAUUGUUUAUAAACAAUCUGAGCACUCUGUUGUAUUAUUAUGGCGAUAAACUACGCACAUUGAUUCUUAUGCUACAUGAAAUACAACCCCCUUCUACCCUCCAUUAUGAUUAUACCUUUGACGGUUUUAUCUCGUGGAUGAUUUUCAAUUGGUUAAGAGGAUUCUUGAAAGAAUAUGGCGUGACGCAGCUUAACUAUAACAUGAUGACGUUUGGACACAAUCAACAUCUUAGUUUGAUGUUUCCUUGGAGUGAUAUGCUGGAAGGGAACAACUUAUUGAUAAAAGACCAGAUUCAACUAUCAAACACACGUAGACCUCCGUCAAUUAUACCAAGCCUCAAAGUGGUAUCCUCUCCCUCGCCUUCCAUAACGCCAUCGGCAAACCCCGACAUAGACAAAAUUGUUUAUAUUUAUAUCUCCUCCCAGAAAGUCAAGUUGUCUUGCGCAUUACUUGGUUUAGAUAACUGCGUUACAAGCGCUUCUGAAUAUAGCUACUGCAAUAUACCACCACUGGAUAAUUUUUUCGUUCGAUUGGCCUUGCACCAGCGCCCAAUACUCCGUAUCACUAACAACAUGAAGUCAUAUAUCGAUAAAGCCUUUGCCGACAUUUUAAAUGCAAAGAUGAACUCCGAUGGACAAUUAACCGAGGAUAUCUUGCUCAAAAUUCGGACGAGAAUCAGCAUAUGUCUUGACAAGGAUGAAUUACGUGAUUUUUUUGUUGGAUCAGGUACGCAUUCACCCAGAUCAAAUACUCAGAAUCCAAUAGUCUUUGUAACCCUGGGUCAACCAUACUACAGUCACCUGUUUUUGAUGAUGUAUCUUGCUCAACUUUUCCAAUUUACAACAAGUCUAUCAUGUAAAGCCAAUGAAUGUGACGGAAAAAAUGCUGGUUAUGUCAUGUCUGUAGAAAAAAAUCUUCUGGAUGAUAUAUUCGGCUCCAAAAUGCAGCUACGAAAGAUGUUAUUUGGGAGCAGCAUCGUGCAAGAAGAAGAUGAUCAUACCAAAGUACGAGUUGUAGUCUUGGGAGAAGGGAUUUUACAAGCAAUUCAGUGUAAGCUGAACAUAGACCUGGCACUAAAAUCAUAUUUCGUGGUAGCCCAAUUGCAACCAACGAACGUAUACGUAUCUUUAAAUCAAGUGGUUAAAAUAGCAUCAUCUGAAGAAGAUGUAUCUGCUAUUAUAGUGAAGGAUAAAUUAGUUCCAUUUGAAAAUGUUAUUCAUACGCUGUGUAAAACAAUCUGGAAUCAUUUUUUGUCAACCGGUACAAUCGACUAUUGUCCGUUACACAAAAAUGAGUAUAGUAUAGAUUGUAACUUGUUUCAAUCAAAAAAUUAUCAUCAUGCUUUAGAAAAACUGAACCACCACCUUGUUACAAUUUUUUUAUCACCCAAAAUAGAUUUGGCAAUGGAUGGCAAAACCAAGAUAAAUAUUAGUAAUGUUUGCCACUGCAGCAUACAUCUAUCUCUUCGUAAUCUUAUUGAGAUUGGACUGAAGCCAUUAAUACAAACUAUUGCAACAUCAAUAACAGCAUUUAUGGAAAACACAACAUUAUUUAAAAACUAUGCCGUGGAUUAUAACUUCGUUUUGGGAAAUUUAUUCAAUAUUGCACCAGAUUCGCAACUCUAUACGGCUUAUGUAAAUCUGCUUCAGGAGGCUCUCGAUUCAAGUAUCGAGUUUACAGAAACAGAUUCCCAGGGUUUUGUUCUGUCAGAAUCAAUUUACCAGUUAUUACAACCCACCGCGCAUAGAAAACCUUACAUGUACGACAGUUUCAAAUUCGGAAUGCUACAACAGGUAUCAAAAGAAACUUAUGGGAUCUAUUUGAAUGAAUUUUAUGAAAAUGGUAGGAGGUAUGGUAGCAAUCAAACCAAGCUUUAUCCAGCCUGUGAUGACAACACCAUUGUCGGUGGUAAAGAUUCGGCUUUGGUUGUACUUCGCAGGGGACAGUCAGUUGAAGACCCAGUUCACACAAUAAAACUGGAUCUCAAAAAACGCGAGGAAGAGAGCGAAGAUGCACUUGAGUAUUCUUUGGAUCUUGCCCUGGUCAAGCUCAAACCGCAAGACCAUAACAACUCGAAAGACAUUGUCUCUUUGGUUGAACAGCCUUACGACCGAAUAUUUUUUUUCUUACUUGAGACUGACAAAAGAGUAUUUCAUACUCAAAUUAUAUUAGAAAUGAAACAUCUAAAUGAUACCUCUUCUGUCCAAUUUUCGUUAAGAAUGACAGGAGAUGGUGACAUUUCUGAAGACAUAAAAAAGUGUGUAGUUAUUGGUGAACAAUUGACUAUCGCUUAUUUUUAAAUCAAUAUAGUUAUUUGGUUCAAAACAAACGCAUAAUUUUUAUUUACAUUAUAUUUAUACAAUUUCAUGAUAAAAUGAUUUAAUUUACUAAGACGUA